AUGGACGCGGCGCCCGUCUCCUUGUACACGCUCCCUACCAGUCCGGCCGCUUGGGACCGGAUUGGCAUCUUCUUCAUCUGCUAUGCCUGCAUAUGGACGACGCUCGUCUUCUCGGGCAUGGCCUUUUGCUGGUUCAACCGCCACCAUCCUGUUCUCAAGAUUCGCGGUCUGCCGCUGUCGUUCACUGCCAUUACAUUCCUUCAUGCGUACUGGAUUCUUGCGCAGAUCACAUAUCCCAUUGGCAGGACGAUCCCAACUAUUCUCGCGUACGACAUCCAGUACUUCUUCAUGGGCAUAUGGUUCCCGCUGGGGAUUGCCCUCUUCCAUGCUUCCAACACACGUUUCCUUCACAUCGCCAAGCUGCAGAAGCAGUUCACGCACCCUGAGCUCAGGUUUCGAGCGGGUUGCGAUGGCGCCAAGUCGUCAUGGCUUUGCCGUCUGAGAAAUAUGCGCUACACGAGGAGGGUCAUGAUACUCAUCGGCUUCGGCAUGGUCUUACAGGUUCUCCUCACCGUCGGCAUGUGGCUGGCUUGCAAAAAGUACCACCCUACGUAUGGCAUUCCAGGCACCGAGCUGAAAGGCGCCACGAUCCCUGAGCAACUCGAAGACCUCGGCCGUGGGUGGGAGUGGUGGCCUUCGGUCCUGUGGCAGGUCAUCUGGACGUGGAUCGUGGCACCUAUCCUUAUCUGGAGGGCAUGGAAUAUUCGUGACACCAUGGGAUGGCGGACGCAAACUAUCGGCUGCUGCCUCUCAAACCUUCAUGCGACGCCCAUGUUCCUCAUCGCAUCCUACGUGCCUGCAUUCAGAAAGGUCAACCCAUAUUUUACGCCCAGCCAAUGGAUUCACCUGUCAAUCUUCAUGUUUGAGAUCUUCACCGUCUUUGUACCGGUCUUCCAAGUCAUCCGACUCCGUAUCCUCAGUAAAAAAGCCAAGGACACAAACAGCAGAUGGGAAACCGGAUCGCAGACCACCACCCUGCGCUCUUCCACCUCAGCAGAGUGGCAGAAGACGUCAUCCGUCAGCCUGGUUGAAAAGGGCCAGUCCCUUGACUAUCUCGACGAGAAGCUGGGGGAUCGCUUGCUGACCAUGGCCGCGCUGGACCACGUCCUGGGCGAGAACCCGGGACCCCUGCAGGAGUUCUCCGCGUUGUGCGACUUUUCCGGAGAAAACAUUGCCUUCCUGACGACGCUGGCCGUUUGGCAAGCAUCUCACACAAACGCCUUUGAUCAAGAAAGCCGGCUCGAGUCAUACAACCGAGCACUGGAAAUUUAUAUCGACUUUGUCAGCCCUCGGGACGCCGAGUUUCCCCUCAACCUGUCCUCUGCAGACCUAAAGCCCCUUCAAGAUGUUUUUGAGAAGGCGGCGAGAAUUGUCUGUGGCGAAGGACGAAACGACUCGGCGACGCCUUUUGAUAUGGACCCAGCGCCUACAAGCAGGGCGCUCAGCAGCCUGGUGAGCUACACAGGCGAGGUCCCCCAAGGAUUUCACGUCGGCAUAUUCGACGCCGUUCAGUGCCACGUAAAGUACCUUGUCUUUACAAACACGUGGCCCAAGUUCGUGGAGGAGAUGCAGCAGCAGCGCAGGAGGUCCAGUGACACGGGAAACAGCGACUUCACUACGUCGUCUGAGAAGACACUGGCGAGCAGGGUUUCGAGUCAGCUGUCAAGCCUUUUCCGCUCCCUCUGGUAA